GCAACAACGGCCAAGUAGUUCAAAGUGCCAGUGCAGUGUACUGUAGUGCUAGGAAUACAUUUCACGUCCAUUUGUGCGUGUUCAACCUCGUUACUUUGAGUUUUCAAUCUGCGAGUGAUUAUCAGCCUUGUUCAAAGCGUUAUUGUGCUUGGUGGACUGCCACAGUGACGCGAGAUGGGUGAGACACGAGAGAAGAUGGAUGUGACAUCGAUGGCAACGCUGCGCGACGUUUUGACCGUGUGCCAGGACAGGCCAAACGCGUUUGAACGAGGACUCGAAGUUGCCCGAAAAGUGUAUGAGAACACGCCUUUCGACGAAUUCCUUGAGGAACUCGUAGUGUGCCUGCAGGUCAUCAUUCCGAACACCGACAGCGUCGAGUACGCCGAACAGCUUCUCGACUUUGCCGCUCGUUUCGUCGCUGCCCCGACUGCCCCACAGGUUGCCGGCAAGUCAACUCCUGCGAACAAACUUAUAGAGCCUAUGCUCCGUAAUGUGCUGGAGUGGAGCGAAAGCGGCAAGAAAGUUAUCCGCGAGAGGUGCUGUCUUUUCGUCGAAAAGCUGCUAGGUUACGUCGUGGACGACAGUGUCAUAGGCGACCAGCUAUUCGAGGAAAUGGAGCGCGCGAUGUUGACAAGGCUUCGCGACCGCAUCGGAAGUGUUCGCAGUCACGCCGUGGGUGCCUUGUCGCGGCUUCAAGACCCGAGUGACGCCAAGUGCAAGAUUGUUGAGAACUUCCUGUUUCACGUCGAAGCCGACCCUUCCGCCGACGUUCGAAUGGCUGUCGUUAGCCACAUGGUUCCUUCCUCGCGCACACUGGGUGCACUUAUCAUGCGCUCGAGGGACACGAGAGAAACAGUCAGGAAGCGCGCCUACGAGCGCAUCGCAGAUAAAGUACCAGUGAGGUAUCUGAAGAUAAAACAAAGAACCCAGCUUCUGAACAGUGGCCUCAACGAUCCGUCGCACAUGGUCAAACAGGUUGUCUCGGAAAAUCUGAUUCCUGCUUGGCUCAAACAUUGCCAGGACAGCGUUGUAAACUUGAUCGACCUUCUGGACGUCCAUGGAGGAGAGAAACUUGUGGAGGCAUUGCUAAAGGUGUUGCUCAAGGCGCACAGCAUAGAAUUCUUUGUCAAGGACAUCAAGGAGCGCUUGCUCGAUCAGGACAAGCUCAUCCCGGAAGACAAACUUACCUGUGAGAACACGCUUUACUGGCGUGUCCUAGUGCAGACCCUUCGAGCUCAGGGAUCAACAGAGUCGGAGACAUGGUUGGAUGAAAUUUUCCCAGACCUGACUGUUUACUGCCGGUUUGUCACGAAGUAUGUGUUGUCCUUUAGUACGGAAUGGGAAGCGCUUCGUCAGCUAGAUCAUCAGUUUGCUUCGCAACAGCUCAUACUACUACUGAAGUCGGCCGACAUUGCCGACAUUGCUGGAAGGGAGCACCUUCUUGAAACUGUCAGGAAACUGCUGCUCUCACCAAAGGUAGGCGCAAUGCAGGUACCCCACUUGAUGAAGCUUAUCCGCUAUAUUCACCCAGACCCGCUCGACACAGUGCAAGAAGUUCAAGGGUUGCUGCCCGAGAUCCAGGCACCCAUGGUAGCCAGUGAGGGCUUCCCAUCACAAGAAACACAGCUGGAGGCUCCAUUGGAUAUAAUGAUUGCCCGGUUAAAAGUACAGCUUAAUGUACUUCGAGAGGAGCUCUCAACUUGCAUUGAAAAAGAAAAUUUCGAUGCAGCUAAACAGACUAAAUGCAAGAUCACUGAACUAGAAGGUGAACUUUCUCACCACCAGUCUAAAUUGGCAGAGAUGUCUGCUGAGCCUAAGGAAGUUGAGUGCGAAAAAAGUGAGGCCAUCAUUCUAAAGUGCUUGACACUAAUUGCUGAAAUGAUCGCAGUCACACCUAUCAUGUCACUGACUCCUUUCCUUCUCACAUGCCUCGAGGACAUCAUUCUCCCUGGGAUUAUCAGGAUGGACGUGGCAAUUCGUAAGCAAGCAGUGAGAGCACUUUCCUACUGCUGUGUGCUGAACAAAGAUGUUGCGAUGACACACAUCAAGCUUCUCUUCGAAGUUUCUUUCGUGGACCAGCCACAAAUAAAAGCUGUUGCCUUGGCUGGUGCCCUCGAUGUUCUUCUAGCAUACGGGUUAAAGACAUUUGACGGCAUGAUCCGAAGCGUGUUUGAAGGGGAGGAUGAUGACGAGAAUUCAUUACCGUGCAAAGUGUCAUCAGGCCUACUGGUAGACUUCUUGAUCAGAUGCACGGACAUGGAAGAUCAGAAAAUCAGGGUUGUGGCUGCAGAAGGUAUGGCCAAACUACAACUUUAUGGCCACAUAUGUUCUCCGACACUGAUGUCAGCAUUGAUAUUGCACUGGAUUAAUCCGGAUGCUGACAAGAACAGUCGGUUUCACAAAGUGUUGGGCACCUUCAUGAAAACAUACUCACUAGGUGGACCGAAGAAUACCCAAUGUUUUGAAGAGGCAUUUAUGCCUACGUUAGAUGCUAUACUGACAGCUCGCUCGGAAGACCCUCUCACUCAUCUUGACCCUGUUGAUGUUCUCAACUUUCUCGUCGAAGUGACUCUGCUAAGGUCGCCAGAAAAUCCAUUCGAGUACGCCAGUGAGGACGAAAUAACUGAACCGACCCCGCACGAUCGCCUUGCUGAGCUGCUUUGUCGAGAAGUGCUGAAAGACCCAGACUCUCCCGAUUCCUGCGUCUUUGCGAAAGCACUCACCCUUCUAAGGCUUACCCACAGGUGCGCCGUGUCGGACCUGAUGUCAGCAGUGCAUCAAAUGGAGAAGAAAGUCAAGUCAAAGCGCACUAUUGUGCUGGUGAAGAGGUUCAAGGAGAAGCUACUGGCACUGUCACCGGAUGUGGCAGAGAGCGAAACCGACGAGGUGUCAUCCACGAGCGUUGUAAUCGAGAGCACAACCACAAACGAAAGCUCCAUUCUUUCUGCUGCCAAGAAGAAACGGUUCCUAAGAAGAACGAUCUAUCAGGGCAGUGUCCUGUCAAGUCCUUCAAGCACCGAGUCACUAGGACAGCAAAAAAGUUCGCAGGAACUCUUUUCAUCCAGUAUCAGCUCGUGAACUGCAUUUUCAUGCUUCACAUACCUUGACAAUGCUGCAGUAUGCUCGUGAAUGAAAGUUUGCCAUCCAUACAUUGCAGCUAUUGAGGAUUGGCCUCCUGAGUAAUGCUGUCUUUAUCAUACACACGAAGUUAAAUUUGCCCAGUGAACUGGACAAAGAGCAAAAAUUUAUGUUCAGUGCUUAAGACAAAGCAUCACAUUUUGCAUAUCUUUAUUUUAAAUACCUUAUCUGCUGUGUCAUGCUUGUAUAAUGUUGCCAUUUUUUUUGUCAGUAUGCAUCAAGUUUACUGCUUCUAAUUGAACAUUGUAUUUUGCUGUUGUUCCUCAGCUUGUAAGGCCACAUGAACACACAGCCUAUUACUCAACACCUGACAAGAUGUAGCGUGCAUGGCGAAUCGAUUUUAUGUUGUAUCUUGCAUAUGCAGUCCUCAAUAUUACUUUUGAUAUUUAAAACUGAACGUGCCCAUUUUAUGACUUGAUUUAAGAGAGCUGUAAAGAGGACAUUUACAUAUACCAUUUGCUGAGCUCAGCAAAUUCUCUAGAUAUGUAUCUACUUCUCUAAACCGACUUCUCCGACUGAACAUUUGUAUGUUUUGGUAUUAAAUGUAUGGCAUUAUUUCAGUCAC